ACAGUCUGUAACUGUAACUGUUUGUAACUGUAACUGUAACUGUCUGAAAACAUGAGGUUGCUGGUUGGAUUUCCUCUCAUGACUCUCUUGUGCAGGCUGAGUAAAGAUGGCCGCCUGGUGGUGUGGCUCAACAUGGACGACCACGUCAGACUGGUGACCACACGUGACGACGCUGACGUCGCAGAAGCUUUUAAAUGCGUCUGCAUCAACCUGCAGAAGUUGGCGGUGAAGUACGGCGAGCUCAAACACCCGUUCACCUGGAAGCAGCAGCUUGGAUGGGUGUCGAGCUCACCAGCCGACGUGGGGACGGGUCUGAGGGUCAGCGUCCACCUCAGACUGAAGCUCCUCCCACAACACACACGCCUGCAGGACGUUCUGAAGAGACUGCGACUCCACAUGGACAGAACAGAAUCCUCAGAGGUUUAUGUCCUGAGCAACACGGCGACCUUUGGCCCGAGCGAGGUGGAGCUGACGCAGCUGGUGGUGGACGGCGUCAAACUUCUCAUCGCCAUGGAGAAGAGGCUGGAGGAGGUCAGAGACAUCGAGGAGCUCGUACCUGCACAGAAGUAG